CAUGGUUCCCAGGAGGAGGAGGACUUGAUGGCGUUUCUAGUCACAGAGCAGUACCAGUCUAACGUAAGACCAGUGAUAAACGACUCCGAUGCUCUCACUGUCUACAUGGGUCUAUCCAUCUCACAGAUAAUUGAUGUGGAUGAAAGAAAUCAAGUUAUGACGACAAGUCUGUGGGUGAGACAGCGAUGGGAAGACUACCGUCUUGUCUGGGACCCUGCAGACUAUGGGAACAUCACCAUGGUUCAUAUCCCUAUCUUUCUACUCUGGAAACCUGACAUUGUGCUCUACAACAAUGUUGGAGGUUCCUACGCCAUUACCAUGCUGACCAUGACUCAGGUCUAUCCCAACGGCACCGUGGACUGGUUCCCUCCCGCCGUCUACCGAAGUUCCUGUCCCAUCAACAUCCACGACUUCCCCUUCGACGAACAGCGAUGCCCCCUCAAAUUUGGAUCCUGGACCCAUGAUUAUAGCAAGAUCGACCUGCAACCCAUCUCGGAGUUCGUGGGUCUCGAGCGGUUUUGGGAAAACCAGGAAUGGGACAUAGCCGAGACACCAAUCGAGAGGCACAAACUCCAGUAUCCUUGCUGCGAUACCGAAACCUACGUUGACCUGACCUUUACGUUCGUCUUGCACCGGAAGUCGCUGUUCUACGUCGUGACCUUUGUUCUGCCCUGCUGCAUGAUAGCGUUUCUCACCAUCUUCGUCUUCUACGUACCGUCCAAUUGUGGUGAGAAGGUAACGCUCUGCAUCUCCAUCCUCCUCGCCCUCAUCGUGUUCCUGCUCCUGAUCGCCGAGAUGAUCCCGACGACCGCAGGCUCGAUCCCGCUCAUCGGCAUCUAUCUCCUCUUCUCCAUGGCCAUGGUUAGCGUCUCCAUUACAGUCACCGUCAUCAUCAUCAAUCUCUUCCACCGAUCGGCCCUGACGCAUACCAUGCCCUGCUGGGUCAAGUUAGUGUUCAUUGAUUGGUUGCCGCCGUACCUUCACAUGAAGAGGCCAGAGAACUACAAGUCCUAUUACCCCCAGGCGGAUCAACAGGAGGUGGACCAUAGCAACAAUGUCCACCUUACAAGAAUGAUGUACGGUCGUAACUCGGACACGGACCGGCAGUGCUUCAACCGUCAUCCCUACCUCCGUGGAGGUUGUGGCACCGGGUCGGACGGGCUCCCCAACCUGCACAACCUCGGCAUGGACAACGAGUGGCAGACACACGGACACGAGACGGAGGAGGAGAUGCUCAUGGAUGCUAACAUUGAUCUCAAGGGGCUGAGGGAUAACGGCAAGACACCGGCUAGACUCAAAGAGGGCCUGGAGUAUCUCAAUUACAUCGUCGAGAGGACCAAAGAUGCCGAUAAAGACCAUAAGGUCCAAGCAGAAUGGCAUUACGUUGCCAUGGUGAUAGAUCGGAUAUUUCUCUGGAUCUACAUCGUCAUCGUUCUGACUGGGAGUAUGGGCAUCUUCCUCUAUUCUCCGUUGCUAUGGGAGACCAGUGAUGUCCACAUACCCGUUCCGUGGGAGAAACCUAUCGAAGUCAACAGGACCGAAUAUCUAAAUUCACUAGGAAAGAUGUGAAAUAUUCGGAAGGAUAUUCGAAUCCAUCCCUCCAUGUUUGUACCAGCCAACAUUAUUACCAUGGUGACGGUCAACUGGACGACACUGCGUGUUGGAGGACAUCGCGUUUCAUUAUUAUCUUUCUUCACGAUACGUGAUUGUUGAAAGAAAAGCGCCUUAAAAUUAUUUUUUAUUAUACUGUAAUUAUGACUUAUCCAAUGAUCCUCACGCUUUCGAUAUGCAUUCAUACUUAUGUUUUUGUGGAUAUAUAUUUUCUGUAGAAGGCCGAGUUUUCAGAUAUGUACAAUAAACUGUAGCUGUGUAGAAUAUUCCUUUUGUUGUUGUUGUUAUUAUUACCCUUUACUUUUCACUCAUUAUUUGUGGUUCAGAUAAAUUGGCGAUAAAUGCAAAGCUACAUGCAUCCUACAUAAAUUCAUGUGUAACCUACAAUAGUAUAUUUGUAAAGCGCUUAGAGACAUUUGUAUUAAGCGCUAUAUAAAAAUUAAAU